AUGAAACUAUUCCUCCAAGGCACUACAAUCCUAGCCCUUCUUAUUGCCAAUGCAUCAGCCACAAAGAGUGGUCUUUUCGCUGCAAACGGUGUCGAGCUAGAAAUGUACCAGUCUGGCGAGGAUAUCAUCUACGGAGAGCCAGUAAGUCCUUACAUGGUGCAGGCGAGAGGCCUUGAGGGCCGAGCAUGCACCAAAUGUGUGGGUCACCAUGGAAGUUGUGUUGUAGGUGAGGGCAACUGCUAUCCUCCCGAUAUGUGCGGAUUCUGUGGAGGUUGUUCUGUCAACCAGGCCCGGUGCCAGAACCCCGACAAGGAAGGGUGCCAGUGUUAUAAAUGA